UAUUCCUCAAAUCUCAACAUGGGUGGUGGUUGCAGCAGGGUCUGGCAAAUGCACACUCACACACCCUUCUUCCACCCUCCCCUCCACAAAGUUCAGGACCCGCCCUCAAGCUCCAACUCUAUAAGAGGACAGAGCUGGAAUCAAAGGCACCAUCCUCUUCAGGCAAACUCACAGUUUCCUGUAGCUUCCUCUUUGCUUUUAUCUCAUCUCUGCAUCCAUCGACCAUGUCAUCAUCUUCUGUCCGCAUAUCGUCCUCCCAUGGUCCCAAGACCAUGACCUCAAAGUCCAUAGUUACUAAGAGUCGCAGUGUUCUGCUUCCACAAAAAGCCCACAGCGUUUAUGGCGGUAGUAUCGGAGGAAGCACCCGAAUCUCUUCUGCUUCUAUGAAAUCCAGAAUUGGAGGAUACGGAGGCUAUGGUGGAGUAUACGGUGGAGGCUAUGGCGGGGGAUAUGGUGGAGGAUACGGUGGAGGAUAUGGAGUGGGAAUGUUGGUUGGAGGCAACUAUGGAGGGGAUGCUGACUUGGUCCAGCUGAACGAGAAGGCCACCAUGCAGAACCUGAAUGACCGUUUGGCCUCCUACCUGCAGAAGGUGCACUCUCUGGAGGUUGCCAAUGCCAAGCUUGAGACCAUGAUCCGGGAGUACUAUGAGAAAAAGGGGCCAAUCGCACAGAGGGACUACAGUGCCUACUGGAACACCAUCAAUGACCUGAAGGAAAAGAUUAAACAUGCCACAAUCCACAAUGCCAGCAUCCUCCUGCAGAUCGACAACUCUAAACUGGCUGCUGAUGACUUCAGAAUAAAAUAUGAGCAUGAGCUAGUAAUGAGGCAGUCUGUGGAAGCUGACGUUGCUAAUCUGCGUCGCUUGCUGGACCAGACAACCCUGACAAAGGCUGAUCUGGAGAUGCAGAUCGAAGGUCUGCAAGAUGAACUGGUGUAUAUGAAGAAGAACCACCUGGAGGACUUGGCAGCAAUGAGGUCUCAGUUGACAGGCACAGUGAAUGUGGAGGUGGAUGCUGCUCCUCAGCAAGACCUCAACAAGAUUUUGGAUGAAAUUCGUGCUCAUUACGAAACCAUCAUUGUUAAACACCGCAGGGAUCAGGAAUCCUGGUUUAAGGACAGGACUGCACAGUUGAACAAAGAGGUGGCCAUCAGCACAGAGACCAUACAAACCACUAAGACAGAGGUCUCAGAUCUGCGACGCACCUUGCAGACCCUAGAGAUCGAGUUACAGUCUCAACUCAGCAUGAAAUCGUCACUGGAGAAGACACUGUUUGACACAGAGGCUAGAUACAGUGCUAUGUUAGCAGGCUUCCAGAACCACAUCAACGCUCUGGAAGCAGAGCUGUGUCAGAUGCGUGCUAGCAUUGAGCAACAGGGACGAGAGUACAUCAUGUUGCUUGAUAUCAAGAGCCGUUUGGAGAAGGAGAUCGCCACCUACAGAAGCCUCCUGGAAAAUCAGGACAUUAAGACUCAAGAAAUGGGUGGAUCUACCUCUGUCACCUCUACCAUCUUAACGCAGCGUCAAUACUAAUGCAAAUCUGACUGCUUUAUGAGACAACACCCAAACACAUGCACACAUUUGGUAUAAAUGAGUGUUGUAAAAUGAGAACAAGGAAACAAGUGUUACAAAACGAAAACAAAAGAUCAUUUACAUUUGUGUUGUAAUAUGUAACAAAAACCUGUUCCUGAAAAUAAAGCUGCUGCCAAAAAUA